UGUGUGCUUUGUAUCGCAAAUGUUGUGAUUUUAAUAAAUUUAUGUUUCUGUGGCGGAGAAGAGACGAGUCGUUACAAUGAUUUCAUUUCGAUAUCAUUUACUGUUGGCUCUCAUUUGGAAGAUUAUAUCACACAUCUAUGGACUUCCAGAUGUCAUCAGAAUUGGGGGUCUGUUUGGCGAGGAGGACGAGGAGCAGGAGUUGGCCUUUCGGUUCGCGAUGGAGCGCAUCAACGCGGACCCGACUAUAUUACCUAGGUCAACUCUCGUCGCACAGGUUGAACGCAUCGGCCGGGAGGACAGCUUUCACGCCGAUAAGAAAGUGUGUGGUCUGCUUCGCAGUGGAGUGGCCGCUAUAUUUGAUCCGUUGGAGGCCUCCAUCUCAAGACACGUACAAUCAAUUUGCGACGCUCUGGACAUCCCUCAUGUGGUGACCCGUUGGGACUUCCAGGUAGUGAAAGACGGUCUGUCCAUCAAUCUCUACCCGAAGCCCGCAGUUCUCGCCAAAGCAUAUGUAGAUCUCGUGAAGGCUUGGAAUUGGAAUAAAUUCGUUAUCUUAUAUCAAGACAAUGAAGGAAUCGUUAGACUCCAAGACUUCUUCAAAGAAGCACAGCUUCGCAAUUGGAUAAUCAAAUUAUAUCAGUUUCAACCGGGAAUACCAUAUCGAGACACCUUCUGGAAGAUUAAAGCCGAGAACGAGUUUAAUAUAGUGUUGGACGUAAAGAAGCAAAAUAUGUAUAGCGUUCUCAAACAAGCACAACAGGUCGGACUCAUGACUGAACAGCACAGCUAUUUGAUAACAUUACUGGAUUUACAUACAAUCGAUUUGGAAGAUUUCAAAUUCGGAAAGACCAAGAUCUCAUCCUUCCGUAUGGUUGACUCCUCGAGCCUUGAAUUGCAGUCACUUUUAGAUGACUGGACUCUACUCUCGUCGCGUCUGGGAGUUAGGCGUACGAAAGCGCCCGAAAGUAUUUCGACAGAAUCGGCGCUUAUAUACGAUGGCGUAAAGUUGUUGGCGACAGCCAUCCAAGACUUGGAUCAAAGUCAAACCGUUGAGAUCCAAUCGAUAUCAUGCGAGAACAGCAUUCCCUGGGAAAAGGGCAGUUCGCUUAUCAAUUAUAUGAGACCAAUCACUUUUCGCGGUAUAACAGGUCUCGUGGGCUUCGAUCAGUCGGGAUUCAGAUCCAGCAUUACGUUGGAUGUCAUGACCAUUGAUUCAGAAGGACUGCAGAAAAUCGGAAUUUGGUCCGAAGACAGCAAAUUAGACAAUAGUCUGAAUAUAAGCACGCAAUGGAUUAAUCACUACUCAAUGCUUGCGCUACAAAACACACACUUCAUAAUAACGACAGUAUUGAACGAUCCCUACACUAUGGUUAAGGACUCGUCGUUCACCCGCAGUGGUAACGACCAGUUCGAGGGCUAUGCCAUCGAUUUGAUACACGAAUUGUCAAAACUUUUGCAUUUCAAGUAUGAAUUCAGAUUAGUUAAGGAUAUGGCUUAUGGCAGACCCGAUAAAAAUGGCACCUGGAAUGGAAUGAUCGGUGAACUGAUCCGAGAGGAGGCGGACUUAGCGGUCGCCGAUCUUACUAUUACAUCGAAACGUGAGGAGGCGGUCGACUUUACCCACCCUUUUAUGAACACUGGGAUUAGCAUUCUGUUCAAGAAGCCGACCAAAAAAGUGACCUCGCUCUUUUCAUUCUUAUCUCCAUUUUCCAACGUGGUCUGGAUCUAUGUGGUCGGCGCCUACAUCGGUGUCUCCUCUAUGCUAUUCAUUGUGGGCCGACUCUCGCCAUACGAGUGGGAAAACCCUCACCCGUGUAGGAAAGAGGAUCGGGUGCUCGAGAACGGCUUCAGUCUCUCCAACAGCUUUUGGUUCACAAUCGGAUCACUUAUGCAACAGGGAAGCGAUCUGUCGCCUAAAGCGAUGUCAACGCGAACGAUAGCAAGCAUUUGGUAUUUUUUCACAUUAAUAAUGAUCGCCUCAUACACCGCAAACUUAGCCGCUUUUCUAACGGUUGAGAAAAUUGUGUAUCCAAUCGAAAACGCCGAGGGAUUGGCCUUUCAGGACACUAUCAAAUAUGGAUGCCUUCAGUCCGGUUCCACCGCAUCCUUCUUCGCUGAAUCAAACAUAACGACAUACAAACGGAUGUGGAAAUUCAUGUCCAGUCAUGACGGAGUGCUCAUGAGAUCUAACGACAUGGGAAAGAAGGCGGUGGAGAACGGCGAAGGAAAAUAUGCCUUUCUUAUGGAAAGCGCUUCCAUUGAGUAUACAGUAGAAAGAUUUUGCAAUUUAACACAAAUCGGAGGUCUUCUCGACAGCAAAGGCUACGGAAUCGCUGCCAGAAAA